CGUGUGAGUGCAUAGGGCAUGCAUGUGAGCGCCUUUCUGUUUCUCUCAUUUGCCUCCGUGUGCAUCUCUGGGUUUACCAUCCCCCUGCCUCAAUUAUAUUAUCCUCCCAGACUUGGAAGCUGCCGCCUGAGCUGCCGCUUUGAUGGUAUCUGCAAGCGUUUGUACUGAUCUUUAUUUCUGGCCCCUGAAUAUUAAUUUUCGAAGCUGGUAGCAAUACAUCUCCUGAGUGACGGGACCUACUAGAGGCAGGUGAGGGGGAGCCAGCAUCAAAUCAUCAGCAUAAUAAUAAUACAAAGGGGAGGGAUUCUUCUGCAACCCAGAGGCGAGAGGCGAGAGGAAAAAAAAGCGAUGAGUUCGCCAAAUACAUGGAGCAUUGGAAGCACAGUCUACUCUCCUGUAUUUUCACAGAAAAUGACGCUGUGGAUUCUGCUCCUGCUAUCGCUCUACCCGGGCUUCACUAGCCAAAAAUCCGAUGAUGAUUAUGAAGAUUAUGCUUCUAAUAAAACAUGGGUGUUGACUCCAAAAGUUCCCGAGGGUGACGUCACUGUCAUCCUAAACAACCUGCUGGAAGGGUAUGACAACAAGCUUCGACCCGACAUAGGAGUGAAACCAACAUUAAUUCACACAGAUAUGUAUGUGAACAGCAUUGGUCCAGUGAAUGCUAUCAAUAUGGAAUAUACAAUUGACAUUUUUUUUGCCCAAACCUGGUAUGACAGACGUUUGAAAUUUAACAGUACCAUUAAAGUUCUCCGGUUGAAUAGCAAUAUGGUGGGGAAAAUCUGGAUCCCAGACACUUUCUUCAGGAACUCCAAAAAGGCUGAUGCCCAUUGGAUCACCACUCCAAACAGGAUGCUGAGAAUUUGGAACGAUGGUCGAGUUCUCUACACCUUAAGGCUGACAAUUGAUGCUGAGUGCCAGCUGCAAUUACACAACUUCCCUAUGGAUGAACACUCCUGCCCUCUGGAGUUCUCCAGUUAUGGUUAUCCACGUGAGGAAAUUGUUUAUCAAUGGAAGCGAAGUUCUGUAGAAGUGGGCGACACAAGAUCUUGGAGGCUGUAUCAGUUUUCAUUUGUUGGAUUGAGGAAUACUACUGAAGUAGUGAAGACAACUUCUGGCGACUAUGUGGUCAUGUCUGUGUACUUUGAUCUGAGCAGAAGAAUGGGGUAUUUUACCAUCCAGACCUACAUCCCCUGCACACUCAUCGUGGUCCUAUCCUGGGUGUCCUUCUGGAUCAAUAAGGAUGCUGUUCCUGCGAGAACAUCUUUAGGAAUCACGACCGUCCUCACCAUGACUACCCUCAGCACUAUAGCCCGAAAGUCUCUGCCCAAGGUCUCCUAUGUCACAGCAAUGGAUCUCUUUGUUUCUGUUUGCUUCAUCUUUGUAUUUUCUGCUUUGGUGGAGUAUGGCACCCUGCAUUAUUUUGUCAGCAACCGGAAACCAAGCAAGGAUAAAGACAAAAAGAAGAAAAAUCCUCUUCUUCGGAUGUUUUCCUUCAAGGCCCCUACCAUUGAUAUCCGUCCCAGAUCAGCAACCAUCCAAAUGAACAAUGCCACACACCUCCAAGAGAGGGAUGAAGAAUAUGGCUAUGAGUGUCUGGAUGGCAAGGACUGUGCCAGUUUCUUCUGCUGUUUUGAAGACUGCCGAACGGGAGCCUGGAGACAUGGGAGAAUACACAUUCGAAUUGCCAAAAUGGACUCCUACGCUCGGAUCUUUUUCCCCACUGCCUUCUGCUUGUUCAACCUGGUUUACUGGGUCUCCUACCUUUAUCUGUGAGAAGGUAUGGGUAGUAUUGAAAGGGGUCCUUAUUCACUGAACCUCAUGGAGAGAGAAAUGUCCUUUCUAAAUCCAGUGAAAUAAUAAUCCCCUAUGUGGUCAUUGAAUUUGUUUCUCUGUCUCAACCUAGUAAUGCGUAUAAUGUCACACUAUCCGUGCCCAACUCUCCAUUGGUUACUGUAAUUUGAGUUUCAGUGUGCACUGUCUUUCAAACCUGCAAGGCAAAGUAAAGUUAGAGCAAGACUUGUUACACCGAAUAAGAUACCUUUGAGCAACAGCAACAAAAACAGUGAAAGCCAUGAGUGUUUAAACUGAUGGUAUCAGUCUUUGAUUCACACAUAGUUUAGUACAAAAGGUAUAAAGCUUUGUGCUAUGUUCACUUGGGGUCAAGUUGUGGUAAAAUGGAUCAAAUUAGAAUACCUCCCUUAUUUAUGAAGAAUCACAAUAGAAAAGCCUAGAUUAGAACCCUAUUAUACCUUUAUUCCCAGGUAGGAGGAAAAUGUCCUGAAUAUCACAUGUAUAAUGCUGUAAAUAUUUCAAUAAUGUAGAAUGCUUCAAGUUUAAUGCAUGCAACUCUCUAGAGCCAAAAUAAAUGAACUGAUGUAAUUAUCAUAUAGUAUUGUCUUUUAUUUAUUUUUUCCUUUGGGCUAUGAAAUAAUAUAUUAAUAUAAAUACAAGGAUUUGGGCUUGAAAUUGGAAGGGGGUUCACGGCCUUCUCCCUCAUGCAUGAAAAUUCAGGUUUUAAAAUUAUGUUUGUCUUGUUUGACAUUAAAACACUUUGAGUAAAAUUUUGGCUGAUUGACAUUUGACAGUUCUAAAUAUGCCCAACUUCAUCACUAGCAUAUAAAGUAAAUGUAUGUGCUUGCUGAUGUUUUACCUUUCUUUGAAGAUGUGAGUUCUUAACAGAACUUGCUCUCUAUCUCAAUAUCUGCUUCUGGUGAUUGUGAAUGCCUUGUGGGCAGAGUCCCUGUCAUCUCUUCUUUGGGUUCUCAACACUUCACAUUGUGCCUGGCAUAUAGUCAGUGCUCAGUAAAUAUGGCUGAAAGCAACACACCCUCUUGUAGAAUGGAGAAUAUCUUUUUCUGACACAUAACAAGGGAUUCAACUUUUCACAUUGCUAUUAACAAGUGAUACUUAUCUGUAGAAAUAACCAGAGAAUCUAAAGAACUGUAGCUCAUAUGUUCAUCCUCAAAAAUUUGUCUUAGACAAAGUACAUUUUAUUUUAAAAUAAUAUCUAUUUCUUACACCUAUGUAUCCAGUUGAUGAUUUGAGCAUAUGGUUUCUUGAUUAUAUAGUGUUUUUAAAAAGAAUUAAUUUAAUCUGUUCAAAAUUCUGCUUGUGAACCUAUGACAGUAUGAGCAAAUUUCAUACCUGACUGGUAGACAGUAUGCUUGGAAGCAAUGUAUGGAAGGGUAAG